GAGCCUUCAACUGCUCUCUACUCCUCACGUACAUCUUUCCAUCCCUUAUCUGUUGCUAACUGCAACCUGGCCAUCGUCUAAAGAGCACUUCCAACAUUUAAUCUUUCUAUCCUCGGUCAGAUGUCCUUAUUUUACUAUACCAACUUUAUCUUUUUCUUUUUCUUUCUUUUUUUCUUUUUUUGAAACAGCAGGGGAUCUGUGAUGUAUCGAAAUUGGGGGAAUCCCUUCUAGUUUUUAAAGGGAAAAAAGAGAGAAAACUAGCAUGUUUCUGCGUGCAUGCUCUUGCAUUCCUCUUCUCUUUCAAUCCCAGUUUCCGCUCCUUUGUUCCUUUUUUUGAGUCUGAUACCCUGCGUUACCCUGGUGGAGCAACAUUACUUUGCCGAAGGGCAGUAGUAGUAAUAAUAAUUUCUUUCCUAAGGAAUUGAAAAGAAACGACAAUGGGAGUACAUGUUUAUUUUACCCUCUCUGCCCUAUCCGCUAAUACUUUCAUGCCACUCUUCUAAGGAUUUAGAGAUUAGAAUUUGGCACUUUUAACAUUCCCAGCAUAAGGGUGGAGGGGAGGAAGGAGGGACGCAAACUAAAAAAGGGCUAAUGCAGUUGAGAUUUGAUUUUACUCCUCCCAUUUCCACCACUUGGUCACUUGCUUCACCUCCUUUACUGCAGAGAAGACAACUUCUGGGACUGAGCUGGGGCUCUUAAUUGUAGCACGCUAGUCUGCAAAACCGCCUUCAUGCUGCAGAGAGGAACACAGCUCUUCUGGCUCAGCCCGCUAAAGCUGCAGCUACUUGAGUGCGCCACAGGGAGGAGGAUGGCUCGGACAUCCAGCAUAGACGAAGAAACUAAAAGGAGCAUCAUACAGCAAGCUUUCUUCUUUACCAAGGGCUGGGGAAGCUCAGCUUUAGACACCUAUUCGCUUUAAGAACCGGAGAAAGCAGGAGAGGCGUUGUGCGUAGGCUGAGUGUGGGAAGGUGGAGAAUUGGUGCAGACAAAUCGGAGGUUUGGGCGAAUUUUUUUUUCCCUUCCUUUCUUGGUGCUUGUGAAUGGCUUCUCUCUAGAUAGAUCACUGGAGAUCUUUCUGAGAAUUUGAGGUUAUGAACGCAACCCACUUAUUUUGAAAAGGUCAGUUAUAUCAGGAAAAAAAAAUGAAAGUACAAUUGCAUCGGGGUUGAGCAGACGAGAAAAAUCUUUUGGAAGCAUACAAAAGAAAAGAAAUCUUAAGACAUUAAUCUUCCCUUUGCCUGACCUUCAGUUUUCCCAAAGUAGCUGUGUGUAUGUACAUAUCUAUAGAUAUUGUUGAUUAGCCUGAUCCAUAACAAGUACUUUAAAUCGACUAUUCGGACAGAUGCUUGGAUUAUGGGGAAAAUCAGACAAUGUCUAGAUUCUUUUGGCGUCACAGACUCUAGCAUCUUCUGCGGAGCUAUGUGUGUGUGAACUGACACCUUUAUACCGAGGAUGGAAAGAAUACAAUACAGAUAUAUUUUAAGACGAAUCGAGGAUCUUUUGACCCAGUUUGUUUCCUACGUUAUUUACUUACACGGUUUUAUUUAGAAAGACGUACAUUGUUUUUCACAAAAUUUGCUGCCAAAAAUUCAGCCAUUUUAAACUGGAGGUCUUGAAUAUUGCAUUCAAAACUGCUUUUAUAAACGUUUAUACACAAUUAUCUUUUCCUUCUCCCGCCCCCCAAAUGUCCCUGGCUCUAGGAUUUCAUGGAUUUGGAAAACGUGAACAAAAUGUUAUGUAUUCCAGAAGCUUGAUUCUGCUGUGGUUCUGUAUGUGCACGGAAGAGGAUUGUGCAGGAGAGCAGCAGUGCUUCCUCCCUCCUCUAUGCAGUUCUGUGCUUCGUGAGCGCGCGUAUGUGUAUGAGUGUAUGUGAGAGUGUGUGCGCGCGCUCAUGUGUAUGUGUAUGUGCAUGUUAGUGAGUGUGUGCGUGCGUGCUUGUGUGUGAGUGUGCUUGUGCAGCCGCCCUUCUUGGCCUGCUCCCUAGACGCUGAACCGCUCCUUUCUUUGGGGCUAUCUGUUCGGAUUACUACCUAACUAACCUGAAGGCAGCAAAGGCGGCAGCAGGCGGCUGCUGCAGCUGCGGGCGUCGGCGGCAGCGACAGCUGCAGUCCUUUCCCUUCCUUAGGAUGCGGAUGUUGAGCUAUGGCAAAGGACAGAGGAUUGACCAGCAAUACCCGAGGAAAACGCUGAAAACCACCUGGAACCACCUUGCUGUUAUUGUACCCAAGGAGAGAAAGUAUUAUUACGAUCCUCUUUCCCCCCUAGAGGCACCAGGGGAAAAAAGUCAAUUUAAUUGAUCAAUACAUUGAAAAAAUCUGAAAAUAUGGGCAAUGUAUGACAGCUGUGGACCUUCAUGAAGUGAGUCCCCAUAAUAACUGAGCCAAGUGGGAAGAAGAUAUGAAUUUUCAGAGCAUUCUGACUUUCAACUCCAACUUAAGGAUCAGCUUUGGAAAUGCUGUCGUCCUGUAUAUCUUCUGCAAUAGCCAAGCAUAGUUCUGAAAAAUUCUUCAGACCAGUGAAGAACUCUUCAGGGUCCAGAACUUCCCAAACACUGAGCUAGCAGUGGCAAUGCAUUCAUCAACCUCAUCAUCUAUGUGUACAUCCCUGGAAAAUAUACUGCCAAGGAUUCUAAACUUGAUCUACAAUGGAAAAACUGCUUUUUUCCCUGUUGUUCAUUGGCAUAGCAGUGAGAGCACAGAUCUGUCCAAAGCGUUGCGUGUGUCAGAUUUUGUCUCCUAAUCUUGCAACUCUGUGUGCCAAGAAAGGCCUCUUAUUUGUUCCACCAAAUAUUGACAGAAGAACUGUGGAACUCCGACUGGCAGACAAUUUUGUUACAAACAUUAAAAGGAAAGAUUUUGCCAAUAUGACAAGUUUGGUGGAUUUGACUCUAUCCCGGAAUACAAUAAGCUUUAUUACACCCCAUGCUUUUGCUGAUUUGCGCAACUUGCGGGCUUUACAUUUGAACAGUAACAGACUGACUAAGAUCACAAAUGAUAUGUUCAGUGGGCUUUCCAAUCUCCAUCACUUAAUUCUAAACAACAAUCAGCUGACUUUAAUUUCUUCUACAGCAUUUGAUGAUGUUUUCGCCCUUGAGGAGCUUGAUUUAUCCUAUAACAAUCUUGAAAAUAUACCUUGGGAGGCUGUUGAAAAAAUGGUUAGUUUGCAUACACUUAGUUUGGAUCACAAUAUGAUUGACCACAUACCUAAAGGGACUUUCUCUCACUUGCACAAGAUGACUAGAUUAGAUGUAACAUCAAAUAAGUUGCAGAAGCUACCACCUGACCCUCUCUUUCAGCGAGCUCAGGUAUUAGCAACCUCAGGAAUCAUCAGCCCAUCCACUUUUGCAUUAAGUUUUGGUGGAAACCCUUUGCACUGCAAUUGUGAAUUAUUGUGGCUGAGACGCCUUUCAAGGGAAGAUGACUUAGAGACUUGUGCUUCUCCUACACUUUUGUCUGGUCGGUACUUUUGGUCAAUUCCGGAAGAAGAGUUUUUGUGUGAACCUCCACUUAUUACUCGACAUACACAUGAAAUGAGGGUAUUAGAAGGGCAAAGAGCCACGUUGAGGUGUAAGGCUAGGGGAGACCCAGAGCCUGCAAUUCACUGGAUCUCUCCAGAAGGAAAGCUCAUUUCAAAUGCAACAAGAUCUCUUGUCUAUGAUAAUGGAACACUUGAUAUACUUAUAACAACUGUAAAGGAUAUAGGUUCUUUUACCUGCAUUGCAUCUAAUCCUGCAGGGGAAGCAACCCAGACAGUGGAUCUUCAUAUAAUCAAACUCCCUCACUUGUUAAAUAGUACAAAUCAUAUUCAUGAGCCUGAUCCUGGGUCCUCAGAUAUUUCAACUUCUACUAAGUCAGGUUCUAAUACAAGUAGUAGUAAUGGGGAUACUAAAAUGAGUCAAGAUAAAAAAGUUGUAGUAGCAGAAGCAACAUCUUCUACUGCACUACUUAAAUUCAAUUUUCAAAGAAAUAUACCUGGAAUACGUAUGUUCCAAAUUCAGUACAAUGGUACUUAUGAUGAUUCACUUGUUUACAGAAUGAUACCUCCUACGAGCAAAACAUUUCUUGUCAAUAACCUGGCUGCUGGAACUGUUUAUGACUUGUGUGUCUUGGCAAUAUAUGACGAUGGCAUCACUUCCCUCACUGCCACAAGAGUCGUGGGUUGCAUCCAAUUUACUACAGAACAGGAUUAUGUACGUUGCCAUUUCAUGCAGUCUCAGUUUUUAGGAGGCACCAUGAUUAUUAUAAUUGGUGGCAUCAUUGUAGCUUCUGUGCUGGUUUUUAUCAUCAUUUUAAUGAUCCGCUAUAAGGUUUGCAAUAACAAUGGGCAGCACAAAGUCACCAAGGUCAGUAAUGUUUAUUCUCAAACUAAUGGGGCCCAAAUACAAGGCUGCAGUGGAACAAUGCCUCAGUCAAUUUCCAAACAAGCUGUAGGACAUGAUGAGAACAUUCAGUGCUACAAAGGUACCAGUGGAAAUGUGACUCAAUCUUCAGAUACCUGCUCAAGUCAGGACUCUUCUACCACUACCUCUGCUUUGCCACAUACAUGGACUUCAAACACUUCUGCAUCCCAAAAGCAGAAACGAAAGAUGGGGCCAAAGCCAACUAAUGAUUCACAGAAUGAAGUUAUUUCAAGUGUUGAGUCCCAAAAUGCUAACAGGAAUAACUCAACUGCAUUGCAGUUAGUUAGCCGUCAUCCUGAUUCUGUCAAAGAAGUUCCCACAUCUAAAAGAGCACAAUCAAAGUCAAGUAAGUUUCUUACUGUGCCUGUUGAAAGAUCCAGAGCAAGACGCAGGUACUCUCUGAACGGAAAAUUAGUGGAAUACGAUUGUUAUUUUAAGUCAGAGAACACAGGUCUAUUAUGGUUUAAAAAGAGCAUGUCUCUGAAUGGGAUGGUACUUCAGUCAGGCAUUUCUGACUUGGAUAGUGGAAAAGCAACUUUUUCAAGAUCUGAGUGGAUUUUAGAAAGCACUGUGUGACCUGUUUAAAAAAAUUUUUAAAUAUCAUUCUUUGGGAAUAUUUUCAUGGAAAUUGGAAUUUGAAAUUCCAGUCUUGUCUUGCUGAAUUAUGGCUUAUGCAUUGAAAUUUGUUUAAAAGCCACCUAGGAUUCAGUAUGUAUAUGUACAUAGAUAACUAAGUACAUGUACACACAAUGUAGAUAGCAACUAAAAACAGUAUUUAAAAAUAAAAUAAUUAUUACAAAAGAAAUGAAGCAGCAUUAAUGCCUUCCCUUACCCUAAGACUGGCUUCCUGGUUCUGUGUUAAUAGACAAAAAAAAGCUUUUGCAAGGAAAAAAGGCCUUUCAUAAAGGAAAUUAUUUUUCCUCCAAACUAACAAAGACCAUUAAUGGAAAAAUUGAUAUUUUUAAAUGACAAGACUGUAUAUUUAUUUCUGGUAACAAUGGUGUUGCCUUCCUUUGAGGCAAAUGCUGUACAGAACAACUCUGUGCUGGUAUAUUGUGUAAAAUAAAAUAUUUAUUAAGUAUACAAA